AUGCAAGUAAUACAAAUGUCAUUUAGGGUGGUGGUGAGAGAGAGAAAGAGAAUCAAAAGUGACGAAUACCGGCCCCAUGGUAAAAAGGACAUUUGUAUUACUAACAUUUUAUUGGUAAAAAGUAAUAGUACUAUUUGCACAUGCUAUGAGUGGUUUGGGACAAAACCAUGGGCUGGUAUUUUAUCUCUCUUUCUUUUCACUUGUUUCUCUCUAUCUCUCUCCCACUUCACACUCUACGAUUUUGAACUUCCUACUAUCUACCACUCCUUGCAAGAGAAACGGGUUCAAGGCAUCUCUCUUCACGAACCAGCGCACCCGAACUGCACGGUGGCGGUAGUGGUGUUGGAGAGAACACAUGGAGGGUUCUUGCAGCAACUACCACCCGUGGGCUGCUUCAGGCAUGGUAGCAGUAGUGGUGUUGGAGAGAACACAUGGAGGGUUUUUGCAGCAACUACCACAUGUGCAUGGUUCAGAGUGUAUGGGUGGUAG